AUGGAAAAGGAUGGCGAUCAGAGGGACGCGUCAUCGGAAGGCAAACAAAGUAAAGAAAAAGGAGAAGGUGGUAAGCGGCGAGAUAAGAAGGUAAAGUCAGGAGAGAAGGCCGCGAAGGAACUAUUGUACCCUAGGAAGGAAAGCUUCGAGCGUCGUCGCCCGUGGCAUCAGGCCGACUCCCGCCGGCGAGAAGAGUCGGGGAAAAGUUUAAGUGCGCAUUUGACGGAACUACUUCGGGAGGUCAAGGCGACACAUGCGGUUGAGGAAGGCGAAAAGGAGACCAAUCCGCCUCGAGUGACGAUGGAUAAAACAAAGUGGUGCGAGUACCAUCGCUCGGCGGGCCUCGACACUGGGGAUUGUUUCACCUUAAAGAACGAGAUUGAAAGGCUCAUCCGGGCGAGACUCUCGCAGUUAAAUGACCGAGGUGGCCGCUGGCACGGCGAACGACAACAGGGAAAUCGGUAUAAAGGGGGCCGUCAGCAGGAUGAUCGCAGGCGAGAUGAUAUUCGUCGUACGCCGACCACUGACAAGAAGGAAACGCUGGCAACGAGGAAGAAGGGGGCAGAAGAAACCUUCAACAAAGAUCUCGAACCGCUAGUUGGGACGAUAAAUACAAUUACAAGUGGCUUUGGUGGAGGCGGGAACACAGUCUCGGCGAGACGAAGGCAUGUAAGGGCGGUUACAUCAGUGCAAGAGUAUGAAACCCGAUUCAGUUUUCAUCACCCAGAUCUCAUAAUAUCGUCAGCAGAUUUCGAGGGAAUCAAGACGCAUAAAGAUGAUCCUGUGGUAGUAAUGGCAAGGAUCAAUAGCUUUAAUGUGCGAAGAGUUCUUUUGGAACAGGGAAGUUCUGCAGACAUUAUCUACCGCGAUGCGUUCGAUCAGUUGGGAUUAUCAGACAAGGACUUGAUGCCAUGCACUGGGACUCUGGUAGGCUUUUCAGGAGAGCAGGUCUGGGUGCGUGGCUACCUGGAUUUAGACACGGUUUUUGGUUUUGAUGAGAACGUCAAGCUUCUGCGUGUCAGGUUCUUGGUAUUGCAGGUCGUGGCAUCAUACAAUGUCAUCAUCGAAUGGAACACGCUCAAUCAUCUCUGCGCGGUGAUUUCAACGGCUCACCGAGUAUCCACUAAUCUACGGAAAGGUGGGAAAAAUCGUGGUCGAACAGAGGAGGGCGAGAGAGUGCUAUAA